AUGGCGCGGUCGGCUGGAGCUGCCGGUGCCGGAGGCGGGUCGGGCGAGGCCCCACGGUCCCCUCUCGGCAGCUUCGGCGGCGGUCGCCAGCAGCGCCGCCGCCUACAGGCGCGAGGCCCUCUGUCUCCACUCGCGCCCCGGUGCACGCCGCAGUCGGUGGCCGCUAGGUGGAGCGUGGUGGCUGCGGCGACGGCUGGCAAUGGCGCGGCCGCGAGCGGCGGGUUCGACUACGACCUCGUGAUCAUCGGAGCCGGCGUCGGCGGCCACGGCGGCUGCCCUCCACGCAGUCAAGAAGUAAUUAAAUAUCGAUAUUGA